AUGAGAAACAGAGCUAGCAACACGUUGUCGAAAGGCAAAAUCCGUCAAUCAUGGAGCAAAUACAACCUGUAUAACCUCCAACGAUUCCGCAGCCCGCCCACCGCCAAUCGCACAUUCUUCCAGCAAAAAUGGUCCGCUAAGGCUGCCUCCCGUGCUUAUCACGGCGAGCAAGUUCGCGAGGGACAAUGGAAACGCAUGUUCAACCAUCGCAUCCGGAGUGUGAUCCCCAUGAAUGCCGCCGACUUAGCCGCCGAUGACGGUUCCCUAGUCUCGUCUGGUCGAGGCUCAGGACUCGAUAAAGAUGGGAAGUCCACUCACCAGACACGUCCUACACCUUACAGCCACAUGACCUUUGCGCCCCUAGAGCGCCGGCUGGAUGUGGCCAUCUUCCGGGCUUUGUUUGCUAGCAGUGCCAGACAGGCGAGACAGUUUGUCAUCCAUGGAGCGGUUACUGUUAACGGUCAAAAGAUGAAACACCCCAGCUACCUCCUUAACCCUGGUGACCUCUUCCAGGUCGACCCAGACCGCGUCUUGUACGCUACUGGUCACACGAAGACUCCGUUUGAGCGACGUGAGGGCCGAUUGGCUCGGAGAAAGGCUAAAUCACAGAGCUCACAGGAUGCGGAAGAAGCCGAUGCCACACCAGAGGUUGAGGCAGAGUCAAAGGAGACCGUAAAGGAAGACAUCAAGAAAACUCCGAAGGAGGAUACUAAGGAGACUCUAAAGGCGCUACUGGCACAGGCCAAGUCUGUCAUGUCUGCCGGCAAGGAUACACUCGCGCCCCAGCGCAAGCAGGAGCUUCGUGGCUUCCAGCAAGCUGUCCGCCGUGUAUUGUCCCGCUCCGAGUCCAGCACUAUUCUCGCAGACAGCCUGGAGGCCCAAUUCUCCCAGCUAACCCUACUCCUCAAGGCCAAGCGGGGCGAAAAGCCAGCUAAAAAGGAUGUGAAGCCCCGCCCAGAAGACGCCUUCGCAUCCGACAACGGAGAUACGGAAGUGACUUCCGUCAAGCGAGAUACAGAAGCCGCAGCCAGUGACAAGCUGUCCGAGGCCUUCGCACAAGCAACCCUGGGUAAUGAUGUCGAUGCCUCGGAGCUCAGCGACGAAGAAUUCGAUACGCUUCAGCGCGCUCUUACUCAAAUGCGCGACAACCCUCUCGAUAACUCCAAGACCUAUUCCACCCCCUGGCAACCACGGCAAUACAUGUCUGCGUUUGCCUUCAUCCCACGCUACCUCGAAGUCAACCAGAACAUCUGUGCGGCCGUGUACCUACGCCACCCUGUGGCCCGCCCUGGUUCUGCUGAGGUGCCCACUCCCUUUGGCGAGUCCAUUGCCACUCCGGCCUAUGGCUGGUACCUGAGGAGACGGUGGUAG